AUGGCUCACCAGGAAGCGACCUCGCUGGCGCCGCCUCCUCCGUUCGUCGUUGAAGCAACGUCCACACAUACGCACAGCAUCGUUCUGCUCCAUGGUCUCGGCUCCAACGGUGAAAAAUUCGGCAGAGAACUCCUGCAGACGGGCAUCACAUCCGACGGCGCAAACCUUGCACAGCUUCUACCCAACCUCAAGUUUAUUUUCCCGACAUCACGCCGCCGCCGCUCGUCGGCGUUUCGUCGAUCUGUUUUGACGCAGUGGUUUGAUAUUGCACGGCUCCCCGACCCUGCCUAUCGUAAAGAGCUGCAGCUGAAGGGGCUUGCCGAGUCUGCGCAAGACCUAUUGCAGAUUCUUCAACAGGAGCAAGAGACGGCGCACAUCCUCCCAGGCCACAUUAUUCUCGGCGGGAUCAGUCAAGGCAUUGGUGGCUUUGUGGGGAUGAGCGGGUAUCUCCCCUUUCAAGCCGAUCUCGAUGAGGCUGUUACGUGCGAUCGCGGCGAUGGUACGCAAGAAGACAUAUUUUUUAUGAAAGACGAUGACGAUAAUGAUGGAGAUAUCCAAGACCCAGCCGUUAAGGCGAUCGCGUUUGAGCGAGACCUGCUAGGUCUCGCCCCAGCGGGAACGCUGAGUAGGGACUGUACGGCUUGCCGAACGCCUAUCUUUCUUGGCCAUGGAAGCGAUGACGAAAAGGUGCCGUGUUCACUCGGUACGGCAAUGGCAGAUACUGUAGCUAAAGCAGACUACAACGUCGAGUUCAAGAUGUAUGAGGGCUUGGGGCACUGGUACAAGAUCCCAGAUGAGAUUGAUGAUAUAGCCAAUUUCCUCCGCAGAGUUCUUUAUUGA